AUGUCACUAAAAACCAGCAAAGUACCUCAGAAAUGGAAAUCCGCUAAUUUAUUACCACUCCCUAAAGAAUCACCAUUAAAUUCGUGCAACCAGUUAAGACCAAUCUCUCUGACGGACAUCAUCAUGAGACUAUUCGAGAAGUGCGUGUAUAAAUCUGAAAUCGCACCUAUCACAAGAAAUAACAUUGGUCCUGACCAAUUUGCUUAUAAAAAGGGUCACAACUCGACUAUGGCUCUGAUUAAAUCCCAACAUCAAUGGCUAGAGUGGCUGGAUAAAAACGCUAAUUAUGUUAGAGUGCUGUCGUUCGAUUUCAGCAAAGCAUUUGACAGUGUGCCCCACGAUCUUUUGUUUGAAAAAGUUAAAAAGCUACCCAUUAAUCCGUAUGUGGUGAACUAA